AUGGAAUCCGAAGGCUCCUCCUCACUAUGGGCACGAAGUGUUACGACUGUCCUAACUCCAGCUAACAUCUUUAGCAUAUUCGCCCUUUGGAUCACCUAUCGAGCGGGUCUCGCGCUGUAUAAUAUAUCCUCUUUUCACCCUCUUAAUCGUUUCCCGGGCCCAAAAUUAGCGGCUGCGUCGUUCUUCUAUGAGUUUUGGUUUGAUUUUGUUAAGGGUGGGAGGUAUACAUGGGAGAUCAAGCGCAUGCAUGAGAAAUAUGGACCUAUUGUACGAAUCAACCCCGAAGAGCUACACUGCAAUGACCCAGAGUUUACCGACGAGAUCUAUGCUGGUGGAAACCGCGUGCGAGAUAAGCAGCAGCACCACGUAAACUCGGUAGCCGGCCCAGUGUCCUUUUCCACAUUCGCAACUGUAGAGCAUGAAACGCAUCGGAUCCGGCGCACUGCUGCCAGUCGUUUCUUUUCUAGGGCGCAGAUGCUCAAGUUUGAGAAUGAAAUCUCCAGCAUAACCACGCAGCUUUGUGACAAGCUACUCGCCUGGAAGAACAAACCCCCAUUCGACAUCAAUGAUGCAUUUGCCUGCUUCACGGCAGACGCUAUUUCACAGUACGCCUAUGGAGAACCGACGGGGUACCUCACACAACCAAAUUGGACUCCUAACUUCAGAGACAGCGUUAGAGCCCUUGGGGGGUCUUGUUUUGUUUUACGCUUCAUGCCUGUGUUUCGAAAUCUUGUUGACUUUGCCCCCCCUCUUGCCCGCUUCAUGACGGAUGAAAUUGCGAUGUUCAUGAGAGAAACAGCUGAGGUCCUCCCUCGCCGCAUUCAAGAAGUCAAGGACAACAGGUCAAAGGGCAGAAUGUUUGCUGAACUACUGGACUCAAAUCUGCCCGAGUCGGAAAAGACCGUUUACCGUCUUUCAGGUGAAGCAUUUUCACUCAUUGGAGCUGGAACCGAGACGACAGCUAAAGUAAUGUCGAAUAUGACCUACUACCUCCUCUCACAACCCCAUACCCUGGAGAAGUUAAAGGCCGAGCUCAAAACCGCGAACGUUGACCCCGAGAACCUCUCCUGGACCGCGCUCGAAAGGAUCCCGUAUCUGUAUGGCGUCGUAUAUGAGGGCCUACGUCUUUCGCAUGGCACGUCUGCUCGGUCGCCAAGAACUGCUCGCGAAGAGGAUCUAAUGUACCGGAGCCAGGAGGGAGAUGUCCAGUAUGUGGUUCCCAAAGGGACCCCAGUCGGCAUGAGCGCAUUCCUAGCAAACACAGAUGAGAAUAUAUUUCCUCGACCGAUGGAAUUCUUGCCCGAGCGCUGGAUUGAUGAGCAAGGGAAUAAGAACCAUAGCCUCGAGAAGUAUAUGUUCUCGUUCUCCCGCGGCAGCCGACAAUGCAUGGGCAUGAAUCUGGCGCUGUGCGAGCUUUAUCUUGUCAUUACUUCGGUCACCUUGCGAGUCAUCCCGCACAUGCAGUUGUACAAGACAACAGAAGAAGAUGUAAUCUACGAUUUUGACCUAGUUGUUCCCCAACCGAAAAAAGGUACGAAUGGCAUAAGAGUCACAAUAUCGUGA